UCCAUCCGAAUAUUUCUGAGAAAUGUAUUGGCUGGUUCGCCUGCGUGCGCGGUAAAUUUGCCACGUAAAAAUGCCUACUUCCUUCGCUCGCGUUCAAACAGCGUCAAAAACCUUACGUUCCAUUGAGACUAGUGAACGUACUCGCUCUGCCAAAGGUAAUAUCUAUUCUUUAUGUCCGAAGUUGAAAAUAACGAAUUGUUAUCUGCAAAGCGAAGUGUAAACAUAAAUCGCUUUCUAAAAGAGGGCGACUCUGCGUGGCUGUGCGAGAGCUGCAGAUUGUCUCGCACUUCGCGCCAUGGCAUCAAUGAACCUCGCACCUCUGAACCGAAAAGAGUUAUUAGAUGUAGCCAAACUGGCCGAGGUCGCUGAACGGUACGAUGAUGUCGCCUACAUUAUGAAGGACCUUUGGACGCGCUUUAAAUCCGAGCGAAGCUUCGAUUCGGAGGAGCGGGAUCAGUUUAUCAUUGGAUUUAAGAAUGCGGUGACCAUCCGACGGACUUCCUGGAAGAAUCUCAACGCGUUACUGGAAUCAGGUCAACGUAGCGCUGUUCAACGCCAGAGUAUUUUACGUGCGUAUAUGCAGAAUAUCGAAAGUGAGAUUGUCGUCCUGUGUAAUGACGUUUUGCGGAUCGUCAAUGACCUUCUCGGAAUGGCUGACGAUGUCAUUUCCCGCUCGAUCUUCCUGAAGACAAAAGCUGACUACUUCAGGUAUCUGGCCGAAGUCAAGGUAGAUCCAGAGCGCGCGCUCUGUGUCGGUGUAGCCCAAGAUGCCUAUAAAGAGGCGUACCAAUUAGCCCGAACCCAUUUAACACCGACAGACCCCGUUGCCCUCGGGAUAUUCCUCAACUACUCAAUGUUCUGCCAUGAAUUUUUGCUCGACCGGUCCGUUGGGGUCGAAAUUGCCAAGAACGCAUUUGACGAGGCAGUUGCAGAACUCGACGCCAUAUCUGAGGAGCGUCACAGGGACGCGACGCUAAUCUUAAAGAUUAUUCGCGAGAACCUCGAACUCUGGCGGCUUCAGGCUGGGCACAGCUAGCCAUCUCAAAUUUGCUCUGCAUUAUGUAAAGUUUCUGCAGAAUCCGUAGUUACUUUUUGAAAUUCGCUGGUGUUCCUAAAUUAUCAAAUGCAUUAUCUACUAUUCAGUAAAGACCGUAACUCUACAAAUCAUUGGUUCUGUA